GUAGGGGCAGUGAAUACAAAUAUCAUAGAUAUGAAGAAACAGUUUACAGAGACAGAUCUAAGAAAUAUGAUGCACAGGAAGCUGAUAGUCUCAAAGCAGAUGAAGAGACCGAGAAGGUUAAAAGGGGGGGCUGAUGAAGAAGUCUAUCAAGAAAGGUCUGCCUUGCAAGUUGUAGAAAAUGAUCUCAACAGAAUAGAGGAGAGUAGAAGGCGUAGACAAGCCAUCCUUGAAAAGUACAGGGCUAAGUCAAAGCCUCAGUCACAGGAUAUCAUGAAAGAAAAUGUGGAAGAGCCUUUGGAGUCUGUGGGUGCAGAUAAAGUAAAUCCAGGCACUCUUGAUAAUCAUGGAGAAGGGUCCGAUACUAACACUGGGGACACACCUUUUUCUGUUGGGAGAUCGCCUCCCCAAAAUGGUAAUUCUGGUGUUGAAAGGACCUUUGGUACUGGUGGACUGGGAGAGGGUACCCCAAAGAGUGAGAGAUCAAAUGGAGAUGAUAUUAAAGGAGAAUCUCCAUCCCGAAUUCGUGUAAUGGACGAGAGAUCAAAUGACAUGUUCUCUGAUGAUAUAUUUGAUGAAUCGCCAACUGGAGUUCGAAAACAUGGAAAAGGUGAUGGUUUGGCCAUUCAGAGAAGUGGUCUUCAGGAUAACUGGGAUGAUGCAGAAGGGUACUACAUUUAUUGUAAUGGGGAUAUUCUUGAUGGCUGGUAUAAAGUUGAUGAUGCUCUUGGUAAAGGUGUUUUUUCAACAGUUGUUCGUGCUAAAGAUCUCAAGGCUAAGAAUCCCAAGGCUAUAUCUAGUGAUCCAGAAGAAGUUGCAAUAAAAAUCAUACGCAACAAUGAUAAAAUGUAUAAAGCUGGCCUAGAAGAAUUGGUGAUACUGAAGAAGUUGGUUGGUGAGGAUCCAGAGGAUAGACGCCAUUGUGUUUGGUUUCUUUCCAGUUUCAAGUACCGGAACCAUCUUUGUUUAGUUUUUGAAUCUCUUGAAAUGAAUCUUCGUGAAGUAUUAAAGAAGUAUGGUCGUAAUAUUGGUCUUAAACUAACUGCUGUGAGGGCCUAUGCUAAACAGCUCUUCAUUGCUCUGAAACAUCUUAGAAACUGUGGUGUUCUUCAUACUGACAUUAAGCCUGAUAACAUGCUGGUAAAUGAAGCUAAAAAUGUUCUAAAGCUUUGUGACUUCGGAAAUGCUAUGUUUGCUGGGAAAAAUGAGAUCACGCCGUAUCUCGUAAGCCGCUUUUAUCGUGCUCCUGAAAUAAUUUUAGGGUUGACCUAUGAUCAUCCUGUUGAUAUGUGGUCGGUUGGUUGCUGCUUGUAUGAGCUGUACACUGACAAAGUUCUAUUCCCAGGUGCUACAAACAAUGAAAUGCUUCGCUUUCAGAUGGAGCUCAAAGGUCCUUUUCCUAGAAGGAUGCUUUGGAAGGGAGCAUUCACUGAACUUCAUUUUGAUCAAGACCUUAACUUUGUUGCCACAGAAGUGGACCCUGUUACCAAGAAGAUUAUGAAGAGGCAGGUUAACAUGGCAACUGGUAUCAGCUCCAUUUUGAGGAGCUUCCCUGGAGAGGAUCCAAAGAUGGUAGCUAACUUCAAGGAUCUUCUUGAGAAGAUAUUCAUGUUAGAUCCUGACAAGAGGUUAACUGUACAACAGGCACUGGGUCAUCCCUUCAUCACGGGCAAGUGAUAAUGAUGCUGGCUGAGAGAACUGUUGUUGUAUUUUAUCAUUUAUGAUAUAAAUUUAAUUUCAUUCUCUAACCAUUAGGCAUAUAUUUGUCUUUAUCUAUGUGAUGGCUUAAGAACUUCGGACACAGUUCCUGACAUGGCCCAAGUCAGCAGAUGACCUCGUGGCGGAUCUUUCCGUGGAAUGUAUAUUGUUCUAUUGUAAGAUAACUUGCUAUCA